AUGUCUCAGCCAGCUUCGCAGCGUAUGGGAACCCGUCCUAAAAAUGCAACUCAGCAUCCAGGACGCAUUGUGCUCGAGGCUGAAGGUCAUGCAAAGAGAUGUACCAAAGCUCAAAUGAUGGCUGACCGACAGCGCGAACUGGAGGCAAACCAGGCAAGUGAACAAGCUACACAAAAAGGGCAUCAGCAUAUAGCAACUCUCCAGGAACAGAUGGCAAUGGACCAAGCUGCUGCACGUGUUGAUGCACCGAAACCUAAACGUCCCCGUGCUCGCCCCAUAGCAAAGGCUGCAAAGCCCUCGGCGACCUCUGAACAGAGUAUGGCCAGUGGAGAUGACAUCAGCACCACUGCCCUCGUUGUAUUUGCAACAUUCCUACGCUCACAGCCUGAUCUCGAGACUGACGAAGACCGCCAGCAAUUUUCUGCGUGCCUACUUAUCAAGAGCGCGUUCUUGUAUGGGACAAUUAAGGAGGAUGGUAGAUUCACUACAUUGGGACAUGCGAAGCGGGUGCUUGCCCUCACCACUUUGGCGGCAGGAAGGGCUUCCAAGGCCCCCCAGAAGCACAACAAGUCAUCGGGCAAUGAAAGUAGUGCUCUUUUGGCAUUUUCGGAUGUCAACUGGGGAGACUUGGUCAUUAGGAAGAUGUGGGAGAGAGCUCAGAACCUUGGCACAAAGAGGCAUGGUGCACAAAAGGUGGAUGAGGAAUCAGAAGAUGAGCGCGCGCUCAUCUGCUAG